GAAAGCCAAUCAGGAAGACGACAAAGACACUCGCUGACUCUCUCUCUCCCUCUCUCUCUCUCUUUCUUCACAUACACACAUUGCCUCUGCUUCAUUUAAUUGGUUUCCGUAAUCCAGUUUGGCAAUUUCUACCUUUUGAGAUUUAAUUUUCUCACUCUCUCCGAUCCCAAUUUCUCAUUUUCUUCCCCUCGAAAUCUCACCCGUUUUCUCGAGAAAAUUCAAAGUGUUUUUUUAAAAAAGUUUUUCUCUGAAAGUGCUGAGAGAAACUCUGAAUUUCGCUCUGUAAAAUCUUGUGCGAGUCCACCAGAAUCUCUCGGUUUCAAUUUUAAGCAGAAUAUCGAGGAUAAUUCUCUCAAAAUUUUCCCCCUUUUUUUUAAUUUUUUUAUAUAAUCUGACGUAAUCUCGAGAAAUUCCCCACCUUUUUAUUUUUUUUGCUGUCUUGGAGCUGAGAAAAUCUUCAAUCAAGAGCCGCCCAGAUGAAAAAUUCGUCUCCGUUAACUACUUUCGGUCGAUGGGGACCUCCAGAUUUCAAAUACCCAUGAUUGAUUGACGCCGAACCCCUCCGUCUCUCGAGUUUAUUCCGAUAAACUCUUCUUUCGGAAUCUCGAACAAUUCUCAAAUUACGACAUGGUUUCCGGAGGUAACGGCGGUAGUGGCCGCGGACGUGGUGAAGAAGCAGCGUCGUCAAGUCACCGUGCCGAACGCAGUCUCCACACCACAACUUAUCACCGGAGAGAACAAGCUCAAUCUUCUGGGACGAAAUCGCUUAGGCCGCAAAAUCAGCCGCAGAGCCACACUGAAUCAGUGAGCAAAGCCAUUCAACAGUACACCGUCGACGCGAGGCUCCACGCCGUCUUCGAACAGUCUGGCGAGUCCGGCAAGUCGUUUGAUUACUCACAGUCCCUCAAAACGACGACGUACGGGUCCUCUGUACCGGAGCAGCAGAUCACGGCGUAUCUCUCUAGGAUCCAGCGAGGAGGCUACAUCCAGCCCUUCGGAUGUAUGAUCGCCGUCGAUGAAUCCACCUUCAGAAUCAUCGGCUACAGCGAAAACGCGCGGGAAAUGUUAGGCCUUACUCCUCAGUCCGUUCCUAGCCUCGAGAAACCGGAGAUUCUAGCGAUGGGAACAGAUGUGCGCUCUCUCUUCACGGCGUCGAGCUCAAUUCUCCUCGAGCGUGCUUUCGUGGCUCGAGAAAUCACACUGCUGAAUCCGGUUUGGAUCCACUCCAAGAACACCGGUAAGCCCUUUUACGCAAUUCUCCAUAGGAUCGACGUUGGAGUCGUUAUCGAUUUAGAGCCAGCUAGAACCGAAGAUCCGGCGCUUUCGAUCGCCGGAGCAGUCCAAUCGCAGAAGCUCGCGGUUCGCGCGAUUUCACAGUUACAGUCGCUUCCCGGUGGGGACAUCAAGCUUCUCUGCGACACUGUUGUGGAAAGCGUGAGAGACCUCACUGGAUACGACCGUGUAAUGGUCUACAAGUUUCACGAAGACGAGCACGGAGAAGUUGUCGCCGAGAGCCGGCGAGAAGAUUUAGAACCUUACAUCGGUCUACAUUAUCCGGCAACUGAUAUUCCUCAAGCGUCACGGUUCUUAUUCAAGCAGAACCGUGUCCGUAUGAUCGUAGAUUGCCACGCCACACCGGUUCUUGUGGUCCAGGACGAUAGGCUCACUCAGUCUAUGUGCUUGGUUGGUUCUACUCUAAGGGCUCCUCACGGAUGUCACUCUCAGUAUAUGGCUAACAUGGGAUCUAUUGCAUCUUUAGCUAUGGCAGUUAUAAUAAACGGCAACGAAGAAGACGGGGGCAAUGUCGGUGGUGGGAGAAACUCAAUGAGGCUUUGGGGUUUAGUCGUUUGCCAUCACACCUCUUCUCGCUGCAUACCGUUUCCUCUAAGGUAUGCUUGCGAGUUUCUAAUGCAGGCAUUUGGUUUACAGUUAAACAUGGAACUGCAGUUAGCAUUGCAAAUGUCAGAGAAACGCGUUUUGAGAACGCAGACACUGUUAUGCGAUAUGCUUCUGCGUGAUUCUCCUGCUGGGAUUGUUACACAGAGUCCUAGUAUCAUGGACUUAGUGAAAUGUGACGGUGCAGCGUUUCUUUACCAUGGGAAGUACUACCCGUUGGGUGUUGCUCCGACGGAAGUUCAAAUAAAAGACGUUGUCGAGUGGUUGCUUGCGAGUCAUGCGGAUUCGACAGGGUUAAGCACGGAUAGUUUAGGCGAUGCAGGAUAUCCCGGUGCAGCUGCGUUAGGGGAUGCUGUGUGCGGUAUGGCGGUUGCGUAUAUCACAAAAAGAGACUUUCUUUUCUGGUUCCGUUCUCAUACUGCCAAAGAAAUCAAAUGGGGAGGCGCUAAGCAUCAUCCAGAGGACAAAGAUGAUGGGCAACGGAUGCAUCCUCGUUCGUCCUUCAAGGCUUUUCUUGAAGUUGUUAAGAGCAGGAGCCAGCCAUGGGAAACUGCAGAAAUGGAUGCGAUUCACUCGCUCCAGCUUAUUCUAAGAGACUCUUUUAAAGAAUCAGAGGCAGCUAUGAACUCUAAAAAUGCAGAGGGUGCGGUUCAGCCUUGUAGGGAUAUUGCGGGAAUGCAGGGGAUUGAUGAGUUAGGGGCAGUUGCAAGAGAGAUGGUUAGGCUCAUUGAAACCGCUACUGUUCCUAUAUUUGCUGUGGACGCUGGAGGCUGCAUUAAUGGAUGGAACGCUAAGAUGGCGGAACUGACAGGUCUCUCGGUUGAAGAAGCUAUGGGGAAGUCUCUGGUUUCUGAUCUAAUAUACAAAGAGAACGAAGAAACUGUUGAUAAGCUCAUUUCUCGUGCUCUGAGAGGGGACGAGGACAAGAAUGUGGAGGUGAAGCUGAAAACUUUCAUCCCCGAACUUGAAGGGAAUGCAGUUUUUGUGGUUGUGAAUGCGUGUUCGAGCAAGGACUACUUGAACAACAUUGUCGGCGUCUGUUUUGUCGGACAGGAUGUCACUGGUCAGAAAAUCGUAAUGGAUAAGUUCAUCAACAUACAAGGAGACUACAAGGCCAUUGUCCAUAGCCCAAACGCGCUGAUUCCGCCAAUCUUUGCGGCGGACGAGAACACGUGCUGCCUUGAGUGGAACAUCGCGAUGGAAAAGCUCACGGGUUGGUCCCGCAGUGAAGUUAUUGGGAAAAUGCUUGUUGGGGAAGUGUUUGGUAGCUGUUGCAGGCUAAAGGGUCAUGAUGCUUUAACCAAGUUCAUGAUUGCAUUGCAUAACGCGAUGGGUGGCCAAGAAACGGAUAAGUUCCCUUUCCCGUUCUUUGACCGCAACGGGAAGUUUGUUCAGGCUCUAUUGACUGCAAACAAGCGGGUUAGCCUCGACGGAAAGGUUAUUGGGGCUUUCUGCUUCUUGCAGAUCCCGAGUCCGGAACUGCAGCAAGCUUUAGCAGUCCAACGGAGGCAGGACACAGAGUGUUUCACGAAGGCGAAAGAGCUAGCUUACAUUUGUCAGGUGAUAAAGAACCCUUUGAGUGGUUUGCGUUUCACAAACUCACUGCUGGAAGCUACAGACUUGAACGAAGAUCAGAAAGAGUUCCUUGAAACGAGUGUUUCUUGCGAGAAACAGAUCUCGAGGAUCGUCAGUGACAUGGAUCUUGAAAGAAUUGAAGACGGUUCAUUUGAGCUAGAGAGAGCAGAGUUUUUCCUCGGAAGUGUCAUAAACGCGAUAGUAAGCCAGGCGAUGUUCUUAUUAAGGGAGAGGGCUCUUCAGCUGAUCCGUGACAUUCCCGAAGAGAUAAAAUCUAUAGCUGUUUAUGGAGACCAGACAAGGAUUCAACAGAUCCUGGCUGAGUUUCUUCUGAGUAUAAUCCGGUAUGCACCGUCUCAAGAGUGGGUGGAGAUCCAUCUAAGCCAAGUUCCGAAGCAAAUGGCUGACGGAUUCUCCGCUAUCCGCACAGAGUUCAGAAUGGCGUGCCCAGGUGAAGGUCUGCCUCCAGAGCUGGUCCGAGACAUGUUCCAUAGCAGCAGGUGGACGAGUCCUGAAGGGUUAGGUCUAAGCGUGUGUCGAAAGAUUCUGAAGCUAAUGAACGGUGAGGUUCAAUACAUCCGAGAGUCGGAACGGUCCUAUUUCCUCAUCAUUCUCGAACUCCCUGUUCCUCUGAAACGCCCUUUUUCAACCGCUAGCGGCAGCGGCGACAUGAUGUUGAUGAUGCCAUAGUAGCCACACUUAUAAGCUGGCACGAGAGUUUGUAUCAUUGUAUGUGUAUGUGUGUGUGAGUCUAACGACACCGGAGGAGGAUAGAGAGUUUUUGUUUCCGGUGAGAAUUGUAGAGAAGAGGAAGAGGAGGUCGUUUGCGUUUGGCUCGCCGGAAAAGAAAACGUAACAGUAGUUAUAGAGUCUGCGAGACUUGUUUUCUUUUGUUUGCCCCGUGUAUAUUUGAUAACUCCGAGAGAGGCAAAAGAAUGAGAAAAGAAGAGAGAGAUAUUGAUUGAUUGACCAAAUCCUUUUUAAUUGUUACUCGUUGUUUCCAAACAAAGCUGACGGCGGUCACCGGAGCUGAUCUCGCCGGCGAUCGUGUAUAUUUUCAAAGAAAAUUUGUCGGAG